AUGGAGGGUGAACCGAGGGAGAUGAAGCCUUUCUACACGGUCGAGCUGAAUCGGACAGUGUGGGCGGUGCCAGUGUACUAUCAGAACCUUACUCCAAUUGGCACAGGAGCUUACGGAACAUUUUAUCCGAACGAACUUAUAUAUGUUUGCAGCGCCGCAGAAUGUUUACGAACGAACACUCGUGUGGCUAUCAAGAAGUUCAAUCGACCAUUUCAAUCAAUUAUUCAUGCGAGGAGAACGUAUAGAGAGCUGCGUCUUUUACGUGGGAUGGAUCAUGAAAAUGUUAUCGAUAUGCUAGAUGUAUUCACGCCUGAUGCCAGUUGUGAACAGUUGACAGAUGUGUAUUUUGUUUCGAUGCUCAUGGGUGCUGAUUUGUCCAAUAUUCUCAAAAUUCAACGACUUAAUGAUGACCAUAUUCAAUUUUUAGUCUACCAAACACUUCGAGGCCUCAAGAUCCUGGAUUUUGGCCUUGCGAGACAAACUGACAACGAAAUGACAGGGUAUGUGGCGACUCGAUGGUAUCGAGCACCUGAGAUUAUGCUCAACUGGAUGCAUUAUUCGCAGACAGUCGACAUUUGGUCAGUCGGAUGCAUUCUGGCUGAGCUCAUUACUGGACGCACGUUGUUUCCUGGCUCAGAUCAUAUUGACCAGUUGACGCGAAUAAUGAAUAUAGUUGGGACGCCGAACGAGGAAUUCUUAGCCACAAAAUUCAAGUCUGAAGAGGCGAGAAAACGUACAUGUAGGAAUCUUCCCAAAAUGCCAAGGAAGGACUUCAAGAAGCUGUUCGCCACAGCCAGCCCUGCAGCUAUAGAUUUGUUGGAGAAGAUGCUUCAAUUGGAUCCCGAUUACAGGCCAACUGCGGCUGAGGCUAUGGAGCAUGAGUAUUUGGCUGCUUAUCAUGACGCAUCCGAUGAGCCGACAUCAGAAGUGUUAGGAUUUGGACGA